UUGGAGUUAAACCAGGCUGUCUUGUCCUCACUGCUCUGUGACACCACAUACUUCAACUCAGGUCUAGCCCUGGAGUUACUGCACCUUUCUCUUCCCCGUAGGAGCAGCGGGACAGAGCUGUCGUCUCCCUCUGCAGUCAGCAGGUCUGGCAGGAUGACUUGCUGCCAGGUGGUUGCCGUUCUCCUGCUUUCCUUCCUUCCCAGCGCUGCAGCUGGCGGCCUGCUUCCUGCCCUCGUUCCCCGGACCACCCUGCAGCUAGGCAGAGCCCGCUUCUCGGCACAGCCUGUCCUGGAGCUGACGACACGCUGCGACGACGCCUGCGCCCGGCGGGAGGCUGCCUUGGCCCCCCAGGAUUUCCAGGAGUACCUUUCUUACGAGACAGUGUACGCCAACGGCACCCGCACCCUCACCACGGUGGAGCUGAGCCCUCAGGGGGGCGGCACGGAGAAGAGGCGGCAGAGGUGGCGCAAGCGGCGCAAGCGGCAGAUUUACGGCACAGACGGGCAGUUUUCCAUCAGCGGGAACCACUUCUUGCUGGACUACCCCUUCUCCGCCACCGUCAAGAUCUCCACGGGGUGCACGGGGGUGCUCGUGUCCGAGCGGCACGUCCUCACAGCUGCCCACUGCAUCCACGACGGCAAAGACUACGUGAAGGGGGCCAAGAAGAUCAAGGUGGGCUUCCUGACGCCGCUGCAGAGCGCUGGCAACAGGACGGGGCCGGGGGGGCUGGCGAUGCGCUGGGCUCGCGUGCGGCGCACGCAGGUGCCCAAGGGUUGGAUUCGGAGCCCCAACUCGGUCAGCAUGGACUACGACUACGCCCUUUUGGAGCUGCGCAGGCCACACCAGCGCCCCUACAUGAAGCUGACGGUGGCUCCAGCAGCGGAGGAGAUGGCUGGGAAGAGGAUUCAUUUUUCGGGGUUUGACAGCGACCGGCCGGGCGAGCUGGUCUACCGCUUCUGUGGGGUGGAGGACGAGACGGCCCACCUCAUCUACCAGCACUGCGAUGCCAGGCCUGGUGCGUCCGGCUCUGGGGUGUAUGGCAAGGUGUGGGACCCCGUCCAGCACAAAUGGGAGAGGAAGGUGGUUGGGGUCUUCUCUGGGCACCAGUGGCUCGAGGUGGCCGGGGAGCAGCAUGACUAUAAUGUUGCCGUUCGCCUGACUGCUCCGAAGUUUGCUCAGAUUUGUUACUGGAUCAAAGGGGACUAUAAAAGCUGCCGGAACGAAUGAGAACUGGAGCCUUCCUUUUCCCCUCCCCAAUGCAGAAGGCUUUGAGCGUGGUGUUGCAGAGUGGAUGCACGGCUGAGGAGCACGAGGAGGAGCAGCAUCUCCUGCCAAAACUGCUCCACCACUAAACUUCAUUCUGUUCUCUGUCCUGAAGGAACAAGGUCCCUGCAGAUCACAAGGGAUCCAGCGGAGAGACUCACUAAGCCUGAAGGGUGCGUCAGCUCCUUUGGUUGGUGCUGGUGGGAACUCGGCAUCGGGUUCUUUGCACAAAGAGCUCGGCUGUCAGUCAGGACCAGCGGCCUCUGCCUCGAGCCGUUAACUGUUAACCGCUUGGAGAGGCAGCCACAGGCCUGUGCUUAGCUGCACCGAGUUUCUCUUGGGUCUCAUCAGGUCUCUGUUUGUGGGCUGGCACUGCCCAGCUUGGCACUGCCCCAGCUCUGUGAGGACAAAGGAUUUUUUCUUCUAACGGCGUCUUUGUGUGCCGAUGAAAGGUGCCUGAAAGGGAACCCUGGAGCCUGAGGCUUCUGGGCACGGUGUCAGCAAGGAGCCCGGCCAGGACAGGAGGGGCUGCUCCAGCGUGCGGGCAGAAGCAGCACGUGACGGCACUCUUGGAAAGGACACCUCUUCCAACCCGUGCAGCGUGGUGCCACGUGGGUGCCGCCGCACCACAGCACAGGCUAAGAUCUGGGAGCGCCUAUUUACUUGUAAACCUCCUCAUCUC